AUGGCCAACCACUUCUUCAGUAGCACUGAACUUCCCCAGUGCAUUAACAACACCAACAUCGUGCUAAUACCAAAGAAGGAAUGCCCGAGUGGAGUCAACGAUUAUAGGUUGAUUGCAAUGUUUAACGUCGCCUAUAAAUGCAUCUCAAAAGUCUUAGCACUUAGGCUAAGAAACAUCUUACCCUGCAUCAUCUCCCCAGCCCAAACAGCCUUUGCUAAGGGACGAUUAAUAGCAAAAAAUACCGUUGUUGCAAAGGAGAUAGUCCAUUCAAUGGGGAAGAAACGAGGGAAAAAUGGAUUUAUGAUGAUUAAAUUAGACAUGGAGAAAGCGUACCAUAAAAUGAGCUUGAAAUUUAUUGUAGAAGUCCUUCGAAGCCUAAAGUUUGAUGAAAGAUUUAUAAGUUGGGUGAAGAAAUGUAUUGAAGUUAAAAGAAUGGGGAUUCUUCUUAAUGGUACUGUACAAGGAGUGAUUUCCCCGAAGUGUGGCUUGCGGCGAGGUGACCCGUUAUCUCCAGCUCUUUUCAUUAUUGCAGCUGAUGUUCUCUCCCGACUUAUCAUGGUAAAGAAUGAGGCAGGGGAGAUAGCUGGUUUCAAGUUUAAAAGAGGCAGACCAGCCAUUACACAUUUGAUGUUUGCCGAUGACAUAAUAUUCUUUGGUAAAGCCUCAGUUAAGGAAGUGAAAAGCUUUCUAAAUUGUUUUGACGAUUACUGCGCAUGGUCAGGACAAGCGGUCAAUUAUCAAAAAUCAACUAUUCACUUCACCCAGGGUGUCUCUAACAAGAAGGCUGAUGAGAUCAUGAACGUCUUAGGAAUGAAAAGGAUGCACAAAGAUUUCGCGUACCUCGGAUUGCCUCUAUUUAAGUCGAUGAAGAGAGCCAAAGACUUAAAUUUCCUUGUGGAGAGGGUCAUGCAACGAGUUAAAAGUUGGAAAACAAGAUUGCUAUCCAAGGCAGGUCGCGCUUGUCUUAUUCAAUCGGUAGGCUCUUCAAUGGCUACUUAUGUAGCAGCCUCUGAUGUCAUCCCCAAAAAAAUAGCAAGAAGAGUGGAUAAAGAACUGCGUGACUUCGGGUGGGGCGACUCGGCGACGAAAAAAACUUGGCAUACAAUUGAUUGGAGCUCAAUCUGUCAAUCAAAGUUGCGGGGGGGCCUCGGGUUUAGAAGAAUUGAAACUAUAAAUACAGCUUUUAUCCUUAAAUGGGGAUGGAAGGCUCUUACGGAUAAAGACAGCAUGUGGGGGACCAUUAUCCAGGCGAAAUACCUUAAUGGAAGGAGUUUCUUGGAUGCUGAGAUUAAUAAUGGGGACUCAAGCUUUUGGAAAGCCAUACUAAGAGCUAGAUCCCUACUUGUUAAUCAAGUGUGUAGAAUGAUUGGCAAUGGAAAGGAAACGUUUAUUUUGUUCGAUCCGUGGGUGCCUUCUUCAAACUGA